AUGGCAGUACAUGAGGCUCUGAAGAUGGAUUUUCGGAAGAUGGACAUGCCGGCGGUUGCGCUACUAAAUGUCCCUGAUCGUGGCGAUACACCUUAUGUAAAUUUUCUUUCCACCUCUUGCCAACUUUCAUCUUCAAGCUUCAAGCUCCAAGUUUCGCACCCUUGUGAUAUCAAAGUUUCAACACCCACCGGAGCUUUGAAAAGCGAAAGCUCUCUAGGUUGGUAAGGAACUUCCUGGUGAAGAGUCGAAUGUUCUCAGAGAACGAAGAGUUGUAUCCACAUGUCUCCUCCGAUGUGCAAAAAGUAAUUCAUCCGCUUCUUUUCGUACCAACAGACGUGGAGAUGACGGAGUUUUUGUGUUUUCAACAUGAAGCUGAACAAUCAUCUCGUUCUUGAUCGGACCUCAAGGGGUCGCUCGGUUCACUGUGAGGAAACUUGGGGCCCGCUUUCGCACUGUUCGAACUUCGUUACUUUCCUCCUGAACAAUUUCCGACUCUCAGGCUCAACGCUUUGAACGAACAUUUGUAUACGUAACGACAGCGGGAAUCCGGGUCUGCAGCAUCUUCCAUCGAUCUCCCGUUUGUU